AGUUGCUCGUUUUAUUUUUCAUGUUUAUUUUUAUAUAUAGGCAAAUUGAAAUAUAAUUAUAAACGGAGACUAAAUAUAUAAAAACAUAAUAAAUAAAAUGGAUUCUCCGGAUAUAUUGCCAUCAUCUAGUAACUCAAAUGUUACAGAUUCGAAUGAAUCAGAAAAUUUGCAUCCACCUAAAAGUCGCGAAGACUUUGCAGAGUUACGGGAUCAAACUAUUGAGAAUUUUCAAAAACCUAACUUACCAAAUGUCAACGUUCCAGAGAAAAUUAUUAUUUGUUUGGAUCUUUGCUACGAUAAUGAAAAUUCACUUUACCGCUUAGGCGACGGUACCACAUUUACAUCUGUUAAAAUGUUGAAGAGAGUUUUAGAAUUCUUCAUACAUUCAAAGCAUGCAAUUAACAAACAUACACAAUUUGCUCUGCUCAUGUUAAAAGAUGAGCCAUGUUGGUUACUAGGUUUUACAAAUAACCCUAAAGAUAUCAUAAGUGUUGUUGAUUUUUUAACUCCAGAGGAGAGUUCAACAGAGACAUUUGACUUUCAAAAAAUAUUUCAAAUAUUAAAACAUGAAAUUAAAAUACCAGAAUACAGCCAGGGAGAUUGUAUCUUACCACCUCCUUAUGUUGUGAGAAUGAUAGUUUUGUACGGAAGAUCAAAUUGUGUUCCACAAAUACCUCAAGAUGAUCCUUAUUUCAUUUACUUGAAGAAACAAUUUUAUUUCUACAUAGACAUUUUACUAUCACAUGAAGAAGAUUGUAGUAUGUACAAAUGUGAGGAGGUGUAUGAUGCACUACAAGACUUAGAUAAUGGUUAUUCUUAUGUAUAUGAAGUUUCUAGAAAUGCAACAAAAAUUCACGAUUGUAUCGCCAAGCUGCUGGCUCAUCCUCUACAGAGGCCUUUACAGAAAAAUACUGAUUACUCUUUUGGAUGUAGAUAUUAAGUAAAAGUGUUAGAAAUAAAAUAAAUAAAAUAAUAACUUGUAUAUUUUAUUAUUUACAAUGCUUUUGAGCAGUACAGGUUUAUGUAAAGUAUAUUGACAGUGGUAGUUUAUAACACUACAGCACUAUGUUAGCUAAUAAGACAGAAAUCCCACUCUUUUCAAUUAAGAAAAGUAGUCAAAGUGCCACAGGAAAAUACAGUAUCCAGUUAUGGGCAAAUCUUGAUAAUGCAUUUCUUGACCCUCAAUUCCAUGUAGAGAUAAGACUCUAGUAGACAUGUCAAAUUUGGGUACUGAAAGAAACAACCAAAUAAUAAAUCAAAGCACAGAGCACAAACGUUUUAUUUAAAACAAAACUAUUCAAACUAUACACUUCAGUAAAUCAUAAAAAAAUAAAUUUAAUAUGUAAAUAAAAUGUAAAAAAAAACUUAUGUACAAGCGAUAAAUUUCUGUCCAAAAAGAUUCUAAAAACAUCGCAAUCGUAAUUAUAUCUAGCGAUUUUUAUAACAAUAUAAAAAAAAUGUUUAUUUGAACAAUGCAAUUAUGUUUUGAUUUAAUACAGAAUAAUUACAAAAUGCCUACAUUUAAGUAUCAUGUUGCAGUAUUGCAAAUGAAAUUGUACAAAACUCUGUGGUAUUAAAAUAAAAAGAACAAAAGCCUUUAUUAUAAGACAUCUUUUUAUAGACAAAUCCAAUUGAAAUGAGAAAUUAUAACAAACCUAUUUACCUUUACAAGGCUGUUAUUAUAGACUUGUUAAAUUCAGCCAUGUUUGUACAUUGUAAUACAAAUUCAUAGACAAUAAGUGACUUUAGCUAGUGUUGUAUAAAUACAAUUUCUCAUUUUUAUUGAAUCCGACGAGUGACUUUACAUUUUGUAAAACCACAUUUACUAUUACAUCUGAAUAUAGCAUGAUCUCUCCAUUAAUAUUACCUUAACAAUAACUAACGUUUUACCAACUUGUUGCGUAGUUUGUAUUGGUAUGUUUAGAAAAAUUAAUUAUUGAAUAUAUUCCGUACAGUCAAUGUCACAUAUUUUCAUAUUCAUUCAGUUCCAUACAGUCAAUACACUCAGUGUUAAAUAGACGAAAGCAUUCAAGACAAACUGAACACCAUAAAUGUAUUUAUCGAAUUACAGUAAACUUGUGCAACAUAAAGCUGCGGGAACCUUCCGAUACACUUGUAUAAAACGUUUUUUCUCGUUUUUUUGAUAAUAGCAGUUUUUGGAAUAAUUCCUCAACUAUAGAUAUUUUUAGGCCUUUAUAUUACAUGUAUAGUCUAACCAAGAAUAUAAAAAUCACGAAAAUAGUUCCACAUUUUUCGGUUACAUGACGAGGGAUUUUAUAUUUCUGAUUAGACUAAAAUGCACUGACAAAACGAAUUUCAACCUUAUACAGAUUUUGAAUUUCAUAAAACUGCACAAUCUCUGUGUUUUUAAUUGAUUUUUGUUAUUAUACUUACAUUUAUCUAACACUAAAUGUACAGUAUGAAUAAAAUUGUUAAUUCUUGAUUAGAUAUUAACUAAUACAGCACAAUCUAUUGGCACAAAUUUAAUUCGUUAAACUAGAACCAACAGAAUAUGCUGUUUACUGCGCUAUUUAAAUUUAUCCGACAUUUAUAUUCAAAAAAUUGUAUAUCAACUAUUCCGAUUACUAAUACAUAAAUAUGGUCUCACCAAGAACAUGAAAAUCUUUGCCUGGAGACGCUUCAAUCGUAUGUUCAUUACAUAACUUUUUAAUAUACAAUUAGUCACAUUUUCAUAUUCCUGGUCAAAUCAUAACAAGAGAUAUUCAGUGUUUCUACAUUAAAAAUGGUAAAGAUCGUGCUACGAGUACAGAUAAUAAAAACAGACACAUGAUACUUUACAUAGUUUUUUU